UUUUUUUAAUCAUAAAAAAAAAAAAAAGAAAGAAUUCAAAGAGAUCAACUCAUUUUAUUUUCUUUCUUUUUCUUCUUUUUUCCUUACAUAAACAUUUUGAUUCUUUUUUUUUUUUGUUUUACUUUUUGAUUUGAAGCAUGAUAUCGUUACCAUCACAUGUUGGUGCUGACUUAAAAAUCAAUUUGGAAACAGAUCAUAUUAUUCUCCAUGGUUCUCCAGAUGAAGCGGCUGGUGUCAUACUUCAUGGAUCUGUUGUUUUGAAUUGUCAUGAACAUAUCAAAGUCAAGGGCUUUAGUCUCAAGUUUUCUGGGAUCAUCCAUGUACAUUGGGUAGAAGGAUCAUCAUCACAACGACAUUAUAAAGAAAAAAAGGUGAUCAUGGAACAAGAAUGGCAAUUUCUUCCACGGCACAAGAUACAUCAUUAUGACAAGGGGGAACAUCAUUAUGAUUUUGAACUUGCUCUUCCUGGUCAUCUCCCAGCCACGUUUCAUCAUGACAUUGGGAUGCUUGUGUAUGAAUUCAAAGCACAGGUGGAUCGACCCACCUUCAUGACCAAUUACAGCGCCACGCGUGAACUCCGCCUGGUACGCACGCCUCAACUGAACUCAGCCUUGUUACAACAAUCUCAAGAGAUUGACAAUGUGUGGGCUAAUAAACUCGCUUAUCACAUUCAUGUGCCAAGUCAAGUGUAUUGGACCGAUGCCUCCAUCCCUGUCACUUUUCGCCUCACUCCUUUGAUGGAUCAUCUCCAUAUCAAGUCUAUCCAUAUGGUGCUCAAAGAAUAUACUCGUUUUCAUGCCGAUGGUCAUCGUAGUGUAGAACGCAAGGAUUUGAAUACUUUAUGCGAUUUACAUUUUUUCCAUGGUGCAAUUGUUGAUACUGAUCAUCAUGCAAGACAAUCCUGGUCUAAAACUGAAAUCAUCAAGGUGCCUGUCAAUCAACCAUACAACCAUAACAACAAUAAACAUCAUCAUCAUCAUCAUCCUGUUGAUCUUGUGCAUCCUGAUAAUCAAGGUGAUUUUAUCCAGACUUCUCACAAGUUGAAAGUAGUCGUUUCAUUAUUAAAUCCUGAUGGUCAUGUCUCUGAGCUUCGUGUAUCCAUUCCUAUCGUUAUCAUUGAAAUGGUACCUGAAGAAGACAUCAGUGUCUUACCUGCUUAUGAAGAUGCUUGGCGAACAGCUCCUUAUUUUCCUCCAAAUGAUUUGACUUCUGUUGAAUCAUCAUCAUCAUCAUUAUCGUCAUCAUCAUCAAACAAUACCAAUCGUCAUUCAUGCGCCAUGUCAACCGCCUUUUCUCUGCAAGAGGAUGAUUCAUAUGAACAACAAGAAUUAGAUCCUUUACCUUGGAUGGGCGUUGAUCUCACAAGAGUGCCUUCUUAUACCACAGCAUUACGAACUGGUCGAUUAUAUAGUUAUUCUGGCCAUUCUUUACCUAGUUAUGAUUCUCUGACGUUACCCAUUGCCACAGGUACUGCCAUUUAAAUAUAUAUUCUUUUUUUUUCCUUUUUUUGUAUAUAACUAUUUAUAGAUUGAUAUAUUUUUAUAUUGUUUCUACAUUUUAUAUAAUAAAGUGUAUAUUGUAUUGUAUAUGAUCCCUUAUUUGUCAAUAAACAAUGACAUGUUGAUUCUAUAUAAAGAUAGAGUUGACCCUAUCA